CUUUUUUGGCUGAUGUGUAUAGUAGUGUACAGUAGUCCCAGCAGAAGUUCCAAAAGGAGAUCCACUGCACUGCUCAUCGAUCCCCAGCGAAACUUUGCGCACUCAGUACUGAUUGGCAAUCAUGUCUGGGGGUGCCAGGCAGAGGAAUAAAGGGGCUAAUACUGAGUCCAACUCCCAUGCAGCCACUCAUGAAGGCGAAAAGAAGUCCAAGUCCAACAAGGGGGGCUCUUCUUCUUCGUCCUCCUCCCAAAAGACAAGUUCUGGGGCAGUUUGGAAACUUUUCACCCUUCUCUUCUAUGUAGGUCUCAUUGCGGUGUGUGCCUGCAGCGGCUGGGUAGUGUACAACCUACAGGAUGAACUGGCACAAAUUGGCAGCAACCUCCGGCACAUCUCCCAACAGAAAGCUGACCUGGCCGAGACUGUGUCCGUUCUGCAGAAACAGGCUAAAGGACUGGAGAACACAGUCAGCCGCCUGGAAUUCAUCUCCAAAGACAUUCAGGAAAAGCAGCAAUCCCAAGAAUCCUCCAUUAGAAAAAGCGAAAAGGAUUUGGAUCAAAUUGGCACCAUCCUGAAAAAGUUUCAAAAAGAAUUCUCCAGCGACAUUCAGGUUGUAAAGGAACAGAGAGAGACAGAUUCCAUCCGCUUUGAAAACACAGUUAAAGAGAAAUUCACAGAGCUCAAUAAUUCCCUCAACGAUGGCAUCAAGGAAGUAAUCGAGGUGCAUAAAACAAGCCAGGAGGAAAUUAACAUAUUAAAGGAUAAAUUGGUGUCAUUGUCUGAAUUUCAUUCAAUUCAGAGUGAACUUGACAAUUUAAAACGCGCCACUUCGGAGCUGCAGACGUCUGUUCUAUCCAACGGAGAGUCAGUCCAGUGGUUGAUGACCAAUGCCCAAAAUUUGGAUUCCAUUACAGCCAACACCAAUGAAAUUCAACUUCUCAGAGACGAACACGGUGAUUUGAAGAGAAAUGUGGAUGCCCAGCUGGCAGUGGUCGAAGAAUUAAAGGCAAAGCUGUCAGACUCUAGUGAAGUUCAGACACUGAGUGGAAAGCUAGAGCAACUGGCUUCCACUUUUUCUGAAGUUAAAAAUCAGUUUGAAGCCACCAAGCAUGAUUUGCUAAAAGAGUUUGAUAGCAAUUCCGACAGCCUGGAAUCAAAGUUAAAGCCAAUUGAGCACACUGUGAAUGUAUUAAAUUCUCAAGCAGCCGUACAAUUUGAAGGUUUAGAUACUCUAAAAGCCAGUAUGAAUGAAUAUAGCCAGAGGUUGGGACGUGCUGAGGAAGCUCUGGCGGCUGUGCAGCAGAAGUCUUCAGGAGAUACCGAAGCUACAACUGACAACUUGGAGGAAGGCCUGAUAAGAUUAAGUGAAGAGGUUGCUACUUUAAAGUCAACAGUAGCUGACCUCCCAAAUGAGUUUACGGGUGUUGAGAAACUCCAAAGUCAGGUCACUAGUGUCCUUGAAGCACACAAGGAUGAACUUGGAGGUUUGAAACAAGAGUAUCACCAGUGGAGAAGUAGCAUCGAACAAAACAUAAACAACAUUGGAUCCUCUAUUCAACAGCUCAACGCUGAUGAGUUGAACGCUUCUGUGGCCAAACUGGAGACAGACUUGAACAUGUUGAGGACUGCAGUGGACAGUUUGGUAGCAUAUUCAGUCAAAAUAGAAACCAACCAAAAUGAGUUGGAAACUUUGAAGGAUUCACUGGAGGUUCUAAAGGAAAGCACUGAGACGAUGAUGGUGAAAUUAGAACAAAUUCAGGAGGCUGUAUAAAUAUUUUGGGAGUACGUUACAUUGAAGGGUUUUUUUGAUUUGCAUUUGUGUUCAAUAAAACAUGUAUGUUGAUUUUU